CGCCCCGCCCCCUCCAGCCCCAGUCGAGGCUCGGGCGCGCUGGGCCCCGAAGGCGCCACCAUGGAUCUGGGGCUCCAGGGUCGGCGCGCGCUGGUCACCGGCGCGGGCAAAGGCAUCGGGCGCAGCACCGUCCGGGCCCUGCACGCGCUGGGGGUGCGCGUGGUGGCGGUGAGCCGGACGCAGGCGGACCUGGACACCCUGGUGCGCGAGUGUCCCGGGGUGGAGUCUGUGUGCGUGGACCUGGCGUGCUGGGAGGACACGGAGCGGGCGCUGGGGCGCGUGGGCCCCGUGGAUCUGCUGGUGAACAAUGCGGGCGUGGCCCUCCUGCAGCCCUUCCUGGAGGUCACCAAGGAGGCCUGUGACAGGUCCUUUGAUGUGAACCUGCGAGCUGUCAUCCAGGUGUCCCAGAUCGUGUCCCAGGGCCUGAUAGCGCGGGGCGCCCCGGGGGCCAUCGUGAAUGUGUCCAGCCAGGCUUCUCAGCGUGCCCUGACCAACCACAGUGUCUACUGCUCCACCAAGGGUGCCCUGGACAUGCUGACGAAGGCCAUGGCUCUAGAGCUUGGGCCCCACAAGAUCCGCGUGAAUGCGGUCAACCCCACAGUGGUCAUGACGCCGAUGGGCCAGGCCAACUGGAGUGACCCUCAGAAGGCCAACGCGGUGCUAAACCGCAUUCCACUGGGCAAGUUUGCGGAAGUGGAGCACGUGGUGGACGCCAUCCUCUUCCUGCUGAGUGACAGGAGCGGCAUGACCACAGGCUCCACCAUGCCAGUGGAUGGGGGCUUCCUGGCCACCUGAGCCUCUUCCGCCCAGACACGCCUCGGCUCCCUGCUGAGAACCCCCGUCCCCCCCACAAGCCUGACU